AUGGAUUCCAGUGACACUAUUAAAAAUGAUAAAGAAACAACCCAAAGCGAAGGCCAAAUCCGCCCACUAUGCGUCAAAAACCUCCAUAUCCAACCACAAAACACCCGACGAAUGACGUACUUGGAAACCAUAUCCGCCAGUUGGGUCAUCUGCGACAGCUGGGCCGGAAUGGCUGCGACAGUCUCACUGGCCAUUGCACAGGGAGGUCCAGUGACUCUGGUAUACGGUCCCAUUACAACGCUGGUUCUGGUGGGUGGUUGUGCCUUGACGCUAGCUGAGCUGGCGAGUGUAUAUCCCACCGCUGGUGGACAAUAUCAUUGGACUUCCAUCUUGGCUCCGAAGGGAAUGAGUCGUGGCCUGAGUUAUUGCUGUGGUGUUGCGAAUGUCUUUGCGUGGAUUGCUAUCUGCACUGGGAUUGCGAUUAUUCCCUCUCAGCUGGUUGUAGGAAUUGCCAUCUUCUGGUGUCCGUCUUACUCUCCGCAGCCGUGGCAUUACUUCCUUAUCUAUCAAGCUGUCAAUGGACUGGUGUUGCUCUAUAACAUCACUCUACUGAAAAGAUCUCUUUGGAUCCAUGAUGUUUCCUUCUUUAUCACUCUGGCCAGUUUCCUCGUCAUUACCAUCACCUGCGUUGCCCGGUCAUCCUCCAACUACGGAUCAUCACGAGAUGUAUGGGACAACUUCCUCAAUAGCAGCGGAUGGAGCUCAGGAGUGGCGUUUCUCACCGGCCUUGUCUCUCCCAACUACAUGUAUGCCGGGAUCGACGGUGCGUUGCAUCUCGCUGAGGAAUGUGAGAAUGCAGCAGCUGUCGUCCCUCGAGCUCUCCUCAGCACCAUCACGAUCGGCUUCAUCACGACGUGGCCGUUUAUGAUUGCCAUGCUUUACUGUACCGACGAUCUAAAUGCUGUUGUGUCAUCAGCUACGGGAGUCCCAAUAUAUGAAAUGUGGCAUCAGGCAACCCACUCCCCCAUAGCAGCCACCAUCUUCAUCAUUCUCCUCUUCUUCGCAGCCACCUUUGCCCUAACAGGCGCCCAACAAACCGGAUCAAGACUCACCUGGUCCUUUGCCAGAGACCACGCCAUAGUUGGUAGUAAAUGGCUGGGAAAGAUGCAUCCCACGCUGGACGUCCCCGUGUGGGCACUCAUCUUCAACUACGCCAUCAUGUUCAUCAUCGGGUGCGUAUACCUUGGCUCAUCGUCUGCAUUCAACGCAUUCAUCGGAACGGGACUGGUACUGCAGCAUAUAUCCUACGCCUUUCCGGCUAUAUUGCUAAUGUAUCGCGGUCGGUCGAGGAAGUGGUUACCUGAGAGUGCUUCGUUUCGGUUGCCGGGUUGGUUAGGGUGGGUGGUUAAUAUCGUCACUGUGUGCUUUGCGGUGUUGGUGUUGGUUUUUUAUGACUUUCCUACUGUUAUACCUGUGACGGGGAGUAACAUGAGUGAGUUUCUAUAGUAUUUUGUGUUGAUGUUUGCUGAUUUGGAUAUAUUAUACCGUUGCUGUUCUGGG